AUGCUCCGCCACGCGCUGCGUUUCGGCCAUGGUCGUCACGCCACCGUUGUCAAGGCCACUGCAACGUGUGGACUCACGUCCUCCGUGACAUCGACCGAGUUCGACUUCAUAAUCAUCGGAGCCGGAUCUGCCGGUUGUGUGCUCGCCAACCGCCUGAGCGCCGAUCCGAGCAACAAGGUGCUGCUGGUGGAGGUGGGGCCCAGCGACCGCAACCGAUGGGACUCGGUGCUGAUCGAGAUGCCGGCGGCCGUCCCCAUCAACCUGGCGGACGACCGGUACAACUGGAACUACUUCACGGAGCCGCAGGAGUUCCUCAACAACCGACGCGUCGGAUUCCCACGUGGUCGCGUGCUCGGUGGCUCGUCGUCUGUUAACGCCAUGCUCUACAAUCGAGGCCAUGCCAAGGACUACAACGACUGGGAGGCGAACGGCGCGGAAGGCUGGAGCUACGCGGACUGUUUGCCAUACUUCAAGAGAUCGCAGAACCAUCAGCUCGGCGAGGACGAGUAUCGCGGCGGUGACGGUCCUCUCCACGUUGUGAGGAACACGCAGAAGGAUCAGCCGCUCUUUCAGGCGUUCCUGGACGCUGGAGUGCAGGCGGGAUACCCGCUCACCGACAACAUGAACGGCUACCAGCAGGAAGGCGUGGGCUGGCACGACUUGACCAUCCACAAAGGCAAGCGAUGCAGCGCUUCUAGUGCGUUCCUGCACCCCGUGAUGGAUCGCGAGAACUUGACUGUCGUGACGGAUACGCUCGUGAACAAGCUCAUCUUCGAGGGUAAGAACGUCGUUGGCAUCGAGACUGAGGACAACAAGACGAAGGCCGUGACCAAGAUUCUGUCCGGGAAGGAGGUCAUUCUGUCGGGCGGAGCCAUCAACACGCCGCAGUUGCUGAUGCUGUCGGGCGUGGGCGAUGCGGAUCACUUGAAGGAGGUGGGUGUGCCUCUGGUGCACCACCUGCCGGCAGUCGGUAACAACAUGGAGGACCACGUUGGAGUGCACCUGCAGUUCGCCUGCAAGCAGCCCAUUACUCUCUACAACGCGUCCAAGCGGUACCCGGGCAAAGUGCUUAAGAUCGGCUACGAGUGGCUGACGGCCAAGACCGGACCUGGCGCGACUCCGCACUGUGAAGUGGGCGGAUUCAUCCGAACGGCCCCGGGCAAGGAGCAACCAGACCUUCAGAUCGUCUUCAGCCCUUGUGCAGUGGACGAGCGCUGCCAGAUGCGUGAAGACAUCGGCCACGCCAUGAGCGGACACAUUGCACUUUUGCGAGGAUCAAACAAUGGCACCCUCAAGCUGCGCAGCGCCAACCCGCGCGACCACCCUCUCAUCGACCCGAAGUACUUGGCGGACGAAGACAGAAGACUCACCCUCCGCGAGGGCGUGAAGCUCACGCGCGAAAUCUUCGCUCAGAACGCGUUCCACGAGUUCAACGGCGGCGGCAUCUCUCCACGCGACAGCGUCCAGUCGGAUGAGGAGAUCGACGCGUGGCUGCGCAAGUAUUCUGGACCAGAGUUCCACGUGUCGUGCACGGCUCGCAUGGGCGUGGACGACAACUCGGUCGUGGACCCGCAGACUCGCGUCCAUGGCCUAGAAGGCCUCCGCAUCGUGGACGCGUCCAUCAUGCCCAACAUCGUGAGUGGCAACACGAACGCGCCCGUGAUCAUGAUGGCCGAGAAGGUGGCGGAUAUGAUUCUGAGCAAGCCGGCGCUGCCGAAGGCCGAUGUGCCGGUGUACGAGCCCAGCAAAUGGCAAACCAGCCAGCGCUAA